CGAGAGACACCGGAGCGGGUCGGAUCCUGACGCAGAGCGGAGCCCUGACCCUGGAGCGAGACAUCACUAGAACCGUUCGUAUUUAUACCCAGCAGGCUGCAAGUGGGCCCCGGCGCCCUCCGCUGCGGGAGCAUGGAGCUGCCUGCCGCGGGAGAGCACGUCUUUGCAGUGGAGAGCAUCGAGAAGAAGCGCAUUCGCAAGGGUAGAGUGGAGUACCUGGUCAAGUGGCGGGGCUGGUCCUCUAAGUACAACACAUGGGAGCCAGAAGAAAAUAUUCUGGACCCCCGGCUCCUCGUCGCCUUUCAGAACAGAGAAAGGCAGGAGCAAAUUAUGGGCUACAGGAAACGUGGUCCCAAACCCAAACAUCCCCUUACGCUAUCGUCAUUUGCUCGUCGAUCCAACGUCCUAAGUGAUCUCCAAGAUUCGUUGGUGGAGAACCGGACGAAACCUGACCUUGGUUCCAUAUCCAAGAGUCAACCUCACCAGUACCAACUGAACAGCAAGAAGCAUCACCAGUACCAGCCAAAUGGGAAGGACCACUCCGAGAAGCAUCACUCCAGUAGCAAAAGGAAGUACUACUACCAGUUAAACAGCAAGAAGCAUCACCAUUAUCAACCGGAUCCCAAGAAACAUGACCAGUAUAUCGCAGCCAAAGACUCGCAGGUCUCUAUGGAUCGCAGUUAUUGGCACAAGGACUCGUGGAUGCACAACCCAUCCAUGGAAUUCGGGACUCAAGGAAAGAAUUGCACGGCGUCUUCUGUAAAUGGGGUAGAGAGGGACACUUUCUCAAGUGGAGGAUCUGGAAGUACUUCUAAGGAAGCGUCUGGAAACGGGAUUGGGGGUAAAAUGAAGAUUGUGAAAAAUAAAAAUAAGAAUGGAAGGAUUGUGAUAGUCAUGAGUAAAUACAUGGAGAACGGGAUGCAGUCUGUGAAGAUAAAGUCCUCUGAGGAGGAAUGUGACGCUGAGCCUGGACGGAGGGUGGAGCCCACCUCCAACUCAAGUGGGGACAUGACUUGCAGAUCGGUGGGUGAGAAACCGGAACAUUGGAAAAAACGAGUGGAAUCUAGAAUUAGAAUAAAUGAGGGUAAAGGGGAUGGGGACAGAGGAUCCGUACAGCUGGCAGGGCUACGGAGGACGUAUUCUACAGCUGAUGGACUUCACGAUCAGCCCUUGCAGCUUACCACCAAGAAAGACAGUAAUUCAUGGCCAAGUAUGACUAGCCCUUCUCCAUAUAGCACUGAGUCUUCUAAAGAUGUCACUUACUUUAAUCCUAGGAAAAGGUGUCUGACUGAGACCAAUGGGGAUAGAGACCCUUACAAGAAGUCACUCACUUCUAGGAGUGUGAGUGCGCCCGGCCGGCUCGAGGACCAGACUAAUCAAGGUGUGUCCGCGCAAGAGCCGGAUGUCAUCCUUUUGGACUCGGAUCUAGACGAACCCAUUGACUUGCGUUGUGUGAAAUCUAGAUGUGACAGUGACCAGGAAGCGAAAAGACACACGACCCAAGCCUCUAGCGUGCCUCCUCAACCCAUCGAGACUGCGAACGAGGAACCUCUCGCAGAAUUCAAACCUUUCUUUGGGAAUAUUGUUAUUACGGAUGUCACCGCCAAUUGUCUCACUGUCACCUUCAAGGAGUAUAUAACUGUGUGAUGAUCUUCUUCCUACAGUGAUCUCUGUACAGACACAACUUCUAGAACAUUUGGAAGACUGCCCUUUCUUCAUUGUGUCGGAUACAAUCAGUUUGGUGGCACAUGGUGCCACUAGACAUUUUCUUUGUAUAAUUUUUCCUGUUUGGCGGAGAAAUAUAUAUGUACAUAUAUCCAUUUUUUCCUCCAAUCCUGGGUGUUCACGGAAGUCAUAGCAACAACAACAACAACAACAACAAAAAAUACAAAAAAAGCACUUAACUUGAUCUGCUGUCUGGGUCCACUGAUGAUAUACAUGGGUGUGCUGUCUCUCUAUAUAUAUAUUUUGUUUUUAAUAAGCAUAUUUAUUUAUAUGUGGAAAUACAACCAAUUCCUUUGUUUCUUAAGCCCAUCGGAGCGAAAAGUGUCCAAUUCGAGUAACUAUUUUCCUACCCUUAUCAAAGAAACGUAUGACCUUGACUGUAACCCGUGUCAUAACUUGUAUAUUUUGUUUGAGAUUUGUCUGUAUUGUUAAGAAAAAGGAAAAAAAAAUAGUUUAUGUAAAAAAAAAAAAAAAGCUCUUUCUAGAAUAUGCUGCUAUUAGAAUUGUUUAAUGCUUCCAGUAGCUGCUUGGAUGUAAAUAUUCAAUGUAAAUGGAGAAAUGUUGUGUACGCAGCGGAAGGCAUCGCUGCCUUUAUGCUGGGGCUCUGUUACCUCUAACUUCUGGUGCUAAAUAAUACUGUAUCAUCUAAUUAUAAAGGAACUCCAGUCGCUGGUA